GAGGAGAGUCCAGGCUGCUGCUCCGGCGCCGGGUGUGGAUUGAGAUGUUGUGUGUGUGUACAGUGUCGCAUGUCUUUUUCUCUGCAUGCGCGCCAUAAGUAGCAAGGGAGUCUCCGGCGUCUCGUCUCUUCACGGCGAGCCCACAUCCUCAGACUCAAACAUCCACCUAUCUCUGUCCAGACUCGCCAACUUGGCCUGCAAGCUCGCAGCCAGCGAAGCCUUCAACUCCAAUUCCCCAUGAAUCUCCCCGCUCAACUCCCCGCCACGGCCCAGAAUCUCAAUCAGUCGCAUCUCGUCCUCGGCCAGCUCGUCGUCCCCGUCCUCCUUGGCCCCCGGCAUCGGCGGCAUCAUCAGCCCCAGCGUAUCCACGAUAUAACUCCCGCUCUCGUCGCGCGCCACAAUAUCCCCAUACUCCUCUUCUUCCUCCUCCUCUUCUUCCUGGGUGCCGCCAUCAGCUCUACCACCAAACACAUCCCCGGCACUCGCGCUCGCACCCACACCAGUACUCAUCACCGACCCCCCACGACUCCUUCCCCGCACCUUCUCCUCAUUCCACGCGCCACGCCCGGACAUCUUCCGCGACGCAACCCGUGCCGGCGCAGCAGGUGCCAGAGGCGGCGAAUCCGGCGCGUGGAGCGCAAGCGUGGCGGUGCUGGCCGACGAGCUGGACGCGGCGGUUCCGGGCCGUCUGGAGAGCGCGGGCUGGAAGAGGUUGCGGCGGAUGCUGGGGUGGGUUGUUGAGGUUGUGGUGUCGUGCUGUUGGGCGCGGGCGGAGG